AACGCCCGACGUGCUUCCUUCCAGAAACCUCCCAUCUUCACUUGUUCACUCUCUUCGCAGACAGCCAACAGAGCAAGCAUUCUGCAGCUUCUGUCUUCGCGCUUUCCGCAUCGAUAUCGAUAUCCAGACAAUCGAGCGUCACCCAUCGUCACGCUAUCAUCAUGGCGACGGUGCAGGAACUCACCUCCGACUCGGAAUUCCAGUCAAGCAUUGUUUCACUUCCACCGUCGAGUCUGGCCGUCAUCUACUUCCAUGCACCAUGGGCUGCUCCCUGCAAGCAAAUGUCUGUGAUUCUGACCACGCUUGCCUCCACAUACCCUGUCGAUGCACCAAUUCGAUUCUUCUCCCUGGAUGCCGAAGAACUGCCCGAUAUCGCUGAGCAGUACGACGUGACUGCGGUACCUUUCAUUGUCCUCCAAAAGGAUGGCAAGACUCUAGAUACAGUGUCAGGCUCCGAUGCUGCCAAGGUACGCGCAGCUGUGGAGAAGUACGCAGGAGUCGGAAACGGUGGCGCAAAGUCGACCAGUAGUCUACCGCCCGCGCAAACUGUCACCAAGCCUGCGAAUGGCGAGGCGAAAGAUCUCGCAGCCUACGCUCCUUCCUCGUCCGAUCCAAACACUGCGCCCGAAUUUAGCGGCGCCGAAACGGAGACAAGCAAGGAGGAGUUAAACAAGCGUCUGGGAGAGUUAGUCAAAGCUGCGCCCGUCAUGCUGUUCAUGAAGGGAACACCCAGUGCUCCUCAAUGUGGAUUCAGCAGGAAAACGGUUGGCCUCUUGCGUGAGAAGGGCAUUAGGUACGGAUUUUUCAACAUUCUAGCCGAUGACGAGGUUAGGCAGGGCUUGAAAGAGUUCUCUGACUGGCCGACUUUCCCUCAACUCUAUGCGCAAGGUGAAUUGGUCGGUGGAUUGGAUAUUGUACAAGAGGAAUUCGAGAAUGACCCGGAAUUCCUCCAAGAGUUCUCAGUGAACGGUAAAGGAGGGCCCGGCGCGGCGACAGCUUCGACACAGGCCCCCCAGGUAGCAUAA